AUGGCUAAGUCUAAGAACCAUACCGCUCACAACCAAACCAGAAAGGCCCACAGAAACGGUAUCAAGAAGCCAAAGACCUACAAGUACCCUUCUUUGAAAGGUGUUGAUCCAAAGUUCAGAAGAAACCACAAGCACGCCCUACACGGUACUGCUAAGGCUUUGGCUGCUGCCAAGAAAUAA